UAGAAUAGGAGUGAGUUCAUUCAAGCCACGAUGAAAAUGCUGCAUGCUCCAACGUUGUUGCUGCCAGUUCUGCUGCUGUGGGCUGUGUGUAGCGUGUCUCAUGUGCAGGCGGAGGUAAAGACCGUCAAGCUGUGUGGCCGAGAGUUCAUCCGGGCGGUCGUCUACACCUGUGGGGGUUCUAGGUGGAGGAGGUUGAGCAGUCCGCAGGAUAUGGAAGAAGAGUCAAGGCUUUUCAAUGGAGAUCCGAGCAGUACUGAAGAUCUUAGUGAGGCUGUGGGAUCUGACCUGACCAGACGAGACAUAAAUAAUGUAAUGACAAACAUCUGCUGUCAGGUUGGCUGUAAGAAGAGUGACCUUUCGUUUCUCUGCUGA